GCAUUUUCGCGAUGGAGACGGGCACAUGGAUGCUGGACGAGAGCGCGCUCUUGGACCUCAUGAUCUUUCCGGACGCUUUGGACGAAUCGGCAUGUGUCUCGAGCGGUGCUCGGAGCAGCGAAGAGUUCAAGCAGCGGGAGCGAGCGCGCAAGGUCCAGUACCGCAAGCGGCUCAAGGACGAAGCGACGAACCUUGCGCAGCUCGCGCAUCGGCUUGGAUGCGACCGCGACCGCCUCCUUCUUCGCCAACAAGAACGUCGGCGUAAGAAAGAGCUGCCAACCGAGCGCGACGCCAUUGCGCGCUGGUCCGCGACGGCCAAAGAGCUCCGAGAACACAACACGGCCGCGAUGCACCUCAACCAGAGUCUUCGCGAGAGCCUUCGGCACCAAAUCAACCUCGUCAUGUCGUACCAGCGCACGCUCUUCCACAUGAACCUCGCGCUUGCCAAGGACGAUUGGCGCUCGAGCAUCUACCGCAUGCUUCACGCGCAUUUGCACGAGGGUGUGCACGGCGAUGUACGCUCAAUGUGGGAACGCGCGACCGAGUCGGAGAACCGAUGCCACGUGACGCUCAACGCGUCACAGACUGACAUUGCGCACGUCGAUGUCAUUCGAUGCUCGCGGCGCCAAGGCGUCUCGCCCAGCGACACCGCGGACGCCAUUUGGCGCCGCCUCACCGGCGAAAGCACGCAGAACGUGCCCAACACGCGCAUCGCCCAACGGCUUGAAACGCUGGAUCAUGCAACGUGCUGCACGCGCGUCUACUUUUGCGACGACACGGCGCCGUUUGCGCUCAACGUGGUGCAGCACCGAUAUGACUUUUUUGACAAGCACGUCAUCGUCUACCGGACGCUCGAGACGCCGUUCAGUGACGUCUUCCAACACGACGUUCUCCAGUGGCACGUCAUGUGCUGGGUUGAAGUCACGCCCGACGGCGACGACACGCGCAUCUGCGAGUACAUUCGGUACAAGCAGGUCGGCGCCGGCGGUAUCCUCCCGCUGCUGCUCGGGUGUCAAGCCGACGCAGCGCAGCUCAAAGCGUGGAUGGAGCAUGUUGUCUCGAGUCUCUACAGCUGCUGUGCCGCCUAGUGCGCUUCUUGUCCGUGUAUAUGUACAAACGAGUUGUGGUGUUGCCAA